AUGGACGUGGAUAACGACGUCUACGUUGAUGCUGCUGAAACGCAACCUGCGCAGGGAAAUGAUGAAGCGCGCCACCCGAGACUCGAACCACCCGUUGCUGUGGCCUCGACGGGCUCAGACAUGGAUCUGGACGAAAAUACGGAGGCAAGAGAUGUUGUCUCUUUGAAUGACGAUGACAUUGUGAUUGCUCUCAUGGGCGUCACCGGCUCUGGGAAGAGUACUUUCAUCUCGCUGCUGGCGGAGCAGUCGGUCCAGAUUGGUCACUCCUUGAAUUCUUGUACCGCCGAUAUUGGCAUCUACAGUUUUCAAUACGGUGACCGGACGGUCUACCUUAUUGAUACUCCGGGAUUCGACGAUACCUCGCGUUCUGAUACCGAGAUCCUCAAGGAGAUCGCCUUCUUCCUUGCGGCCAUUUACUCAAAGAAGGUCCGGCUUGCGGGGAUCGUCUAUCUCCACCGCAUCACCGAUCCGAGGAUGCAAGGGUCGGCGCUCAAGAACCUGCACAUGUUCCAGAAGCUGUGCGGAGAUCGCGGCCUCUCGAGCGUGGUGCUCGCCACCACCAUGUGGAAGGGCCUCGACGCCACCGAGGAGGGCCGACAGAUUGGCCAGCAGCGGUCGGAGGAUCUUCAGAAACCCGAGUUCUGGGGUGUCAUGAUCAAGCGUGGCAGCCGUAUCAUUAAGCACGACGGCAGUCCCGAGUCGGCCAAGUCGAUCGUUGGCAGCCUCAUCGACGGCGCAACGAAUGGCGCCGAGGGCCAAGGCUCUCGUGGUGCCGUACUCGACAUCCAGGUUCAAAUGGUGGACGAAGGAAAAACCCUCGACGAGACAGCUGCUGGCCAGUUCGUCCAAGCCGAGAUGCUCGAGGCCCGACGCCGUUUCGAGGCUGAUCUGGUCGAAUACCAAGCUAGCAUGGAGAUGGCCCUCCAGGAGAAAGACACCCAGAUGUUUGAGCUCCUCCGCAAAGAGAAAGAGGAUGCCGAGCGGCGAGCUGCUCAGCUCAACACGGACCGCGACCAACUGCGUGUCUCGCUGCAGCAGCUGGCGCGCGAAAAGGACGCUAAAUACCAGGCGUUGGCAGCAGAGGUCCAGGCGGAACAGGCACGACAGAGCCGAGACCUCGAUGACACCGCUACCGCCGUCCCCUCAUCUGAUCUUCUCCGGCUCGAAAACGAGAUGGCCACUAUCCGCCGUGAGCUCAGAGAGAGCGAAGCCCGUCAUCGCCACAAUAUUGAGCGGCAGCGAUUGACGCUGGAGCACCAGCUGGAAAGCGGCGUCCAUCAGGAGCGCGUGCGUGGCACAGAACGUGAGGUUGCCCUUGUCAAGCAAUUAGCUGAGAUCGAGAGCAAGCUCGCGGCCGAAAAGCGCCGUAGCAAGAAGAAGCGGCGGGUACACCCGGUCGUUGCCAUAUGCCAAACGUUGGUCAGCAGUGUUGUUGGGGGUGGCAGUCAGGACCUCGGCAGUCUGGCGUAUGGCGUGUUCAGCGAAGCUUCUAGAGGAGAAAGGGGAUCCGAUCGCUCCCAUGGUCGUUAUUGA